AUGACUAUCAAAGAGACUAUCUCAUCUCUCAAAAUUUCCUUGCCCGAACGGGCCUAUUUUACUGGGCGACGACAGCCCAAGAACACUGAAGACUUGGAGACUCAACCUCCUAGAAUUGUCUCCGAAGAUGAAAUUUGGCAUAAGCGCAGGGUCGUUUUCUACUUUUCCCUUGCCGUGAUCUUGUUUGCUCUUGCCUUGUUCUUCGUGUUGUGGCAGGUCGGGGUGAUCCCCGAGAUUCCUCAUGCUGCAGCGCAGAAAAUCGCGGAUGAUGCUGCGGCCCAGAAAAUCGUCAUCACCUUGCUGCUUCAGGGUGAUGUUCGUGAUCUGGAUGUCUGGGAUGAGGAAGCGCACGAGUAUUAUCCGGCUCCGCCUGUUGAGGGUGCGUAUGUCGUUAACCCGGGCAAUUUGUUUGAGCGCUGGUCGAAGAACGUCUAUAUUUUGAACUUUAAUCGCGUGAUCAAUCGCUCCGGCACGAAUCGAUACUCGUCCCCUUUAAUUAUGAUGUGA